AUGGUACAGUUAUUGCAUGUCGUAAUUGGACUAAUUGCAAGUACGAGUAGCGUGCGAGCGAUCGAGCAGACAAGCAUAUCUGACGUAUCACUUGCCGAGAAUACUCAUGGGUUAUCCGCUGGUGUUGUUGAUCCCUUACUCACUAGUGGUGGUAACUGUCCUAGUGAUGGUCGUAACUGUGACAACGAUCCGUUCUCUUCGCAACGUAACGGUGCUUCGGAUGCUACUGAAACAACAUCAGUUAGUCACCUUGCUACUCGAGCACUAUCUCCCACAUGUCAGCCGUUUAUCAAUUCACAUAUGAAUAACGGAACCAGUUUCCUCAACGCCAUUUCGUACAUUUUGUACGAUCCACGUGGAUAUGGACCUCCUACAAUGGGAUGCUAUUGUAGUGAUGAUGGUACUAAUACCAUCUGUGUGACCUCCCGUUCGUGGUUUCAGUAUACUUCUGUGCAGGACUUCGUGAUUGCUAUUGGUAAUCCAACGGUAUCUCUUCAGCUUAACUCAUACUGUUGGAAGUGCAACCGAACUGCUCCUGUAAUCGAGGCUGUAGCAUCAGCUUUCUCUGUCUCAGUGUAUCCAAGUACCAUUGCUGCAGGUAUCCAGCCCCCUGCCCCUGCCAAUGGAGUGUCUCACUCUCCAAGCAGCUAUAGUAUUACAGCGACUAUCGGGGCUAUCUGUGCUAUUAUCCUCUUUAUCGCUACCAUGAUCGCUGAUAGACAUUCUUUAAAAGCUUUGCUUAAUGCAUCUAGUCAACGAGACGCGUUAUCGCGCCGAGUAAUAUCAACUACCACACUCCUCACUCCCUACCAAAUUAAAAACUUAACAAAUACACCUGGAUAUACUAUCAUAUUACCGCAUUCCUAUAGUAUUCAUUGUAUGUAUCACCUUCACGAACAAGCAUCGUACACGUUACCAUGCCCCAUGAUCCAAGUUGAUACAACAGUAAAAUCUUGGGUUGCACUGAGUCAUAGAUGGAAGCUUGAGGUUCACUCAUACGUGAGUAUGGAGUGA